GUCUCAGCAUAGGACUCGCGCUCGGCAGCACGAGGUGGAAUUGGUGAAUCGCGCCCUCCGCAGCUUGAACUGGUUGGCCGGCUUCAAGGGCGCGGCCGCUUCACCGAGUCCGGGCGCAACGACCCUGGACAAGCAUGCAGCCCUUCAGCAGCACUUGCUUCGUGAAGCUCAUCGGCGACAGGCCGCAGCUCCGCAGGUGAUGCCGAAGGCGGAGGCAGCCCUGAGGGAGCUGCUCCGGGGGCAGUCCGUGUACGAGACGGACUUGGCCCCAAGGAACCUCGUCUCCUACCUGCCCGGCAAGGUCUCACUUCCCGACAGCGUGCUGGACUGCCGCUUCAUCGAGGAUAUCGUGAGCCCUGGGUGCCGCUCGUUCUUGGAGGAGAACCACAAGCGUAUGAGGUUGGAGCCGGAGUCAGUCAACUUCGACAGCAUGCCGCGGCUAUACAUGGACCCGGUGCUGAAGAGGAACCCCAAAUCUUACCGUACCUUUCUGCGAGAUCUUGCUGGACGCGGACUUCUUGGUGUAACGGCUAGGCCCGCCGAGUCGGUGGGCCUGUUUUUCUUAGCUAAAACGAACGGGGCACAGCGUAUGAUAAUUGAUGCGAGGCGGAGCAACGGCCACUUCAGAGCUCCGCCAGGCGUGCAGCUUCUCAGCAGUGAGGGUUUCGGCCGGAUCGAGAUCGAGUUGCCGCCUGGUGUUCUGCCCUCGUCGGUUGAGGGGCAGCGGCUCCUGGAUGCCUUCGCCGUCUACGUGGCCACCACCGACGUGAAGGACUGCUUCUACCGGAUGCGCGUGCGCGAGGACCUUGGCCGCUACUUCUGCCUGCCCGCCGUCCCCAAGUACGUGUUCGACGGCCUGCAGGUGGCCGGCGUCCCGGCGGAGACCCCGCCAGACGCUCCCGUGCGGCCCUACUUGGCCGCGCUGCCUAUGGUGUUCACGUGGUCGUUGUACCUGGCCCAGGCGGCGAAUGAGGACAGGGCGUGCCGAAGCCCCAGCUUGUGCAAGGCGAUGCCGGCUGGCAGGCAGCAGCCCUUGAUUCAGGACCAGGCCGAAGCCUUCGUGCUUCGCGCCGCCUCGCGCGGGGUCGGGGGCGCCUACGUGCACGUGGACAACCUAGGCGCCGUGUCGGACGACGCCGAUCUCAGUGAGAGGAUGGUGUCAGAAUGGGGCGAUAUUUUCGAGCCGGUCGGGCUGGCGCUCCACAAGUCAGAGUCCCACGGGGGCGCUGGUGAGGCUCUCGGCACCGAGCUUGACGGCGUCCGCCUUCGCUCGGGGAUCACCUCGAGCCGGUUUUGGAAGCUCGAGCGAGGCUUAACUGGCCUUCUCGCUCGGGGGCGUUGCAGCGGCCAGGCGCUUGAAAAAGUAAUCGGGCAUUGCGCGUUUUGCGGCCUGGCGGCUCGUGAGUCCCUGUCAAUCUUCCACACUGUCUAUAAGUUCAUUUCGGUUCAAUAUCUCGACGUGGGCCCGAUGUGGCCCGAAGUGGUCGAGGAGCUCGUAGCUUUUAGAGGGGUCCUUUUGCUUCUGGGCCGCGACUGGUGGCUGCCAUGGAACCCCUGCGUUUUAGAAACCGACGCCAGCCUAGCGGGCUGGGCGAUGGCCCGAAGCUUCUGGGACCCAGCUCAGGUCGCCGGCGUCGGUCGUGUCAGCGAGCGCUCCCGUUUCAAGCGCGUCGGUGCUCACUCCGCUCGGGAAUCCGCACUCACCUCCGCCCACCUCUUCCGUGACGAGUCAGGCGAGUGGAGAAGCCAGCUUCUAGGAGACGAUCCUCUUUCAGACGACUGGGAGGUCGUUGCGGGUUUUCCCGAAGUCCCCUGGCAGCUCCUCCGGGGCUCGGCCUGGAAAACCGUCCGGAAGGGGGUUUGGGGCCUUAGCGAGGGUAUUCUGGUGCUGGAGGCCCGGGUCUUGGUGAAGGCCAUCCGUAGGCUCGCCAGGAGUCAGGACUUCAAGCUUCUGGUCCAGAUUCGACGCUUCAACGCUUACGCUCUUGCCCUUGGCAUCGCCCCAUAUUUUAGAUGGAUCCCUUCGGAGUUUAACCAGAGCGAUGCCGGGAGCCGCGAUCACUCGGAAGAGUCUGUCCCGACGGAUGUGUGCUCGGACGCUGCAGCCGACGUGGGCCCCAGUGCGGCCGAUCUCUCCAGGGCCGCUACGUGUUCGGCCCAGACCUGGCGUUCGCCCGCCGCCUUGCCCGAGUGCUCCGCUGGCGGCGAGGGCGAGGGCGAGAAUGCUGACGGGGCCCCAGAGAGCGACGGAGGCACGUGGCCCCAGAGCCCGCCUCGACGCGCCGACGGGGGUCCACGGCGCCCGACCGGCCCGGACAUGUCUGGAGCGCCGCCCUUGCCAGCCGCCGACGACCUCGCUCCCGCGGCCUCCGCUGGCGACGACGAGGCGGGCGCCGAGGGAGAGGGCGAGUCGAACGGGCCCGACAACGUGGUGAACCAUGCGACGGCGGCUUCGAGGAGAUCUCGCCGCCUCCAGGACUCCCGGCGCCAACGCCAAGAGGCCCUCCACACGGACAUGUUCAUGCAGGCCGUUGUCGGGGGGCCCGCGUUGCUGGAGCGUCUGGCGGUGACUCGCCGGGCGAGGGAUCGCUACGCCAAUUAUUUCGAUCGUUGUUACUCGCGUGCCGACCCGACCAACGACAAGCUCAUGAGGGGCACGAACGAGGCCGUGGACUGCUGGGCGUGCGUCUACUUCAACGCGAUGUACCUGUCCGAGGAGCAGAGCGGCCUGGAAGACCAGACUGGAACUGCCCUGGUGGACCGGCGCCCAGCUUUCGACCAGCGGGGCGGGGGAGCCCCGCCGCGGACGUGGCGAACGCUGGAGACGUGGAGACGACGGGCGCCUCCGCGGACCCGCCAAGCACUGCCGUUCGCCGUGCAGUCGCCGGGGGUGUGGCUGCUGGCGGACAAGGGCCUCCCGCUCAUGGCUCUGUUCUUAGCGGUGGGCCUCUCCGCCUGCGGGCAGCUGGCGGCGGCCGAGGACGGGGUCGACGGGCUGACAUUGUACCACCUUCGCCGCUCAGGCGCGAGCAUCGACGCCAGCAGGCUCUCGCGUACCCUAGAGGAGAUGCGGAUGCGGACCUGGCAGUCGCUCGUGCCAAGCUAA